GAAGAAGAAGAUAAGAUGGCUGCGUUCUUGAAAGGCGCGUUGUGUCUCGUUUCCAUAGAGCGAACUUGUUUUCUGAGCAAAAGGAGCGAUAUUAUCGUUCAGUCAAAACGGUAUGUGCGCGCACUGAAAAGGAAACCCGUCAAGGUUUUGUUCCCUGAAGAAAAGACGGGUAAGGCGGUGAAGCCGCCGCCGCAUAAAACAGCGAAACAAAAUGCGACAAAAGUCACUCCUAAAACAAAGCAAGAUACGACUAUAAAACAACCACAAGCUACUGUUUCAGAGGGUUCACCUGAUGAACUUAUCUUCGAGAAGGCUUCACCUGGAGACAAAAGAUUAUCGAAGUUAGUGACCAUUUCCCGGUCCAGAAUUUUACGGGAGAAGGAAGGGAAAAUCGUCCUGGAGGGCCAGCGUCUGAUCUGCGACGCCUUGGAGGCUGGCGCCAGCCCGAAGACGGUGUUCUUCACGACCAUGGAACGGCUUCAAAAGCUGCCUCUGGACAAGCUGAGGAGUGCCAAACUAAUCAAAGUCUGUUAUCAGGACUUCAAGAUCUGGUCUGAUCUUGUCGCUCCGCAAGGAGUCAUCGCCAUAUUUUCUCGUCCGGACCCAGCUAACUUGGACUUUUCACAAAGAGGUCAAUCAGUGCCGUUGUCGCUGAUAUGUGACAACAUCCGGGACCCGGGUAACCUCGGAACCAUUCUACGAUCUGCCGCCGCUGCUGGCUGUAAUAAAGUCCUCCUCACCAAAGGCUGUGUUGAUGCUUGGGAGCCUAAAGUUCUCCGUGCAGCCAUGGGCGCACAUUUCCGUCUUCCUAUCUAUCCCAGUCUGGACUGGGAUGAGGUUGAAGAUAAUCUCCCUAAACCAGUGGUGGUCCACGUGGCUGACAGCAGCCCCAGCACACCAACAGAAACCGAGGAACACGUGUCUCACAAAGCAGGAGACUACGGUUGGGUCAGCUCGAUGCCGAACAAGAAAAAAGUGCUGUACGAGGAAUACGACACAGACUCUGACUCCGACUCUGAUUCUGAUUCUGAUUCUGACUUUGAUGACGAGACCCCCAAUGUGGAAACCAAGCUGUACCACAACAGCUGGGCCCAGAGCGCCACGGCGCUCGUCAUCGGCGGCGAGACGCAUGGCCUGAGCAAGAACGCGGUCAAGUUGGCGGGAAAAACCCACGGUCUCAGGCUCUGUAUUCCCAUCGUUCCCGGUGUGGACAGCUUGAACUCGGCCAUGGCGGCCAGCAUACUCCUGUUUGAGGGCAGGAGGCAGCUUCUGCAGCUUCUGCAGACGUCGGAAGGAACCGCAACCUAAAGCUGGGAGGCAGAUUAUGUGAUGUUUCUGACACAUCAGACUGAACCUAAUCACAUGUUCUGUCUCGCAAUAAAACCUUGAAUUAAAUGAAGAA